GAGGAUAGACGAAGAAACGUCCGAGGACACUUAUAAUGAACACGCAAGUCAAGAGGCAACUGUUUUCUCUCUCGCGUUGAGAUAUCUCCAAGUUCACAGCGAUGUGGCCAGGACUCAUCGGUACUGCUGAUUCUAACGAUGCCGAAGAAAUUUCAUAUUGCACAGACAGCUGCAAUGUUGUCAUUUUCGGAGAAACAGGAGCUGGCAAAAGCUCCUUGAUCAAUUUGAUCCUUGGGUCAGAAAUGGCAGAGACAUCCUGCGACGCCAAGGGAUGUACACCUGGAACCAAGGAGUACGUGCACGAUAUUGCGAUUCAAAACAAGAUUUUGAAGGUAAAGCUUUUCGAUACAGCCGGUCUUAAUGAGGGCUCUGAGGGCACAGUCCCCGCUGAAGAAGCCCGGAAAGUUUUGAAGAAAUUUCUACAAAAGCGCAUGGGGCAGGAUGGCAUUCAUCUCCUCAUAUAUUGUGUUCAGGGUGCAAAGCAGGGCCCGCAAGGGAUGAAGGCGCUCUGCCGCAACUACAAAUUAUGUUCCGAAGUUACUGGACGGAUUCCAAUCGUCCUUGUCGUUACAGGUUUGGAAAACAUGCAAGAAGAAAUGGAAGAUUGGUGGAAGUACAACGAGCGGUUUAUCUCCGAGCACAAGAUGACCUUUGCUGGCCACGCAUGUAUCACCACACUGCCCGGUGACGCGACGCUCAAGGAGCGCCACGACCAGUCACAUCUCGCCGUCUGCAAACUCAUCGAGGAGUGUAGCACAAGUGGGAACGGGCAUAAAAGCAACGGGCCUAAAAAGAUCGUACUAUUUGGGGAAACGGGGGCAGGCAAAAGCUCAAUCGUCAACCUCAUGGCGGGAAAAAAAGUGGCAGACACAUCUCCUGACAUGAAACGCUGUACGAUGCAGUGGAAAGACCACAACAUCGACUUCGAUGGCAAGUCUUAUACGGUGUUCGAUACCGUCGGACUCGAGCAGCCGCAUUUGGACGUCAGCGACUAUCUCGACUCUGUCGAGAACGCCUAUAGGCUCAUCAAAGAAUUGGACCGACAAGGCGGCAUUGAUCUGCUUCUGUUCUGCAUUCGUGCCGGCAGAGUCACUGCUACAAUCCAGAGCAAUUACCGACUAUUUUACGAAUUCCUCUGCGAGAAGAAGGUUCCCAUUGUUCUCGUGCUCACGCACCUCGAAAGAGAGCAUAGGAUGGAGGACUGGUGGGAGAGACAACAAAAUAUCUUCGAAAGAUAUGGAAUCCAAGCCGCUGGUCACGCGUGCAUCACUGCCGCUAACGGAUUGGAUGGCCGACAUAGAGACCAUUAUGAAGAAUCACGCGUCACGGUCCGCGAACUCGUGGAGAAGUUUACUGCCGACGAGCAGGACCCAGCGUGGAUAGGAGGUCACAACCGGUUCGUGUCAUUGAUGCGUAAACUGAAGGACCUACUUCCAGAGCAUUUGGAUCUGAACUUGAGGAGGAAGGAUAUUGCCUCCCGCCUCAUGCAGCGUUGCAGUUUGUCUUCAGACGCCGCAAGGCAGUUGGCUGAUAUGAUUAAGCAAGUCUAGUAGAAGUAGCUACUCGACUUCCUCUUUUUCGAUACCACACUCAGAUUUUCUUGUACAUUUUGUGCCCAUUGAUACGCUACACUAGGACUUUUCACUGACACACUCGCGAGCCUAUUUGUAUUUCAGACGACAGUUU